AUGCCUGGGUAUUUCCCUCCUGGUGGAGGGUGGCCUGCGGUCGCGAAGACUACUCCUGGUGUCAUUCGUGGAACUGUGCACAAGCAUCUGGAUCGGUAUAUACCGGCAAUGAGCGAGGCGAUACUAACCCAGCUGCGUGCUCUACAAUUUGACGAGAGCGGUGAAUGUACGAUCAGUUGCUUCGAAUUCGCAUACUCGGUCGUCGCCCGCAGUGGUAGCUAUGCCAUGGUAGGCGAACGUCUCGCAAACAAUGAGGAAUACCUCAGAGCUGUCAAGGAACAUAUCCUGGGAAUGAUUAUGACUACCCGAGUGCAAUUUCUUGUCCCAGAUUGGUUGAAAAAAUAUAUAGGCGGCUUUAUCAGCCGCCUAGCUACAAUAGGUACACGCUGGGAUAUGCACGCAUCACGUAAAAUUUUGCUCAAGCAUUUCGAUGCUCGAGCGGCUGAGUACCGCGAUGAGAUGGCAUGCCCGGGGAAUAUAAAUGAUAAAGACGAUUUCAAGUCGACAGAUAAGCCAGUUGAGAUCUUUCGGUGGCUGUUCGAAAGCUCGGUACUUCGUCAUCGAUGGAGCUACCCUGAGGUCCUUGGGGAGAUGCUCUUGCUCCAGUUUGCCUUCAUAUAUACGACUGGCUACGUGGGUCUUAAUCCAACACACAAUCUUGUAAUGAAACCCCGAGGCGCUGAUCAUCAACAGGCUCUCUACGGUGCUUUGGCCGAGCUAGCCCGGCAACCAGAGUACAUUCAACCACUGCGAGAGGAGGUUGAAGCUGUCCUUGCCGAAUAUGGAGCCACCGUCCCGGCCUGUGAUCGAAUGAUACUUCUUGAUAGCUUUCUGAAGGAAUGCCAACGUCUGCACCCACCUGCAGCCAGGAUAACUCUCAAACCUGGAACCCAUGUCGGCGUACCGAGCAGCUGGAUCCAGCGGUCCAGUGCAUAUUACGAGGAUCCAGAGACCUUCGAUGGUUAUCGAUUUGUGAAGCGUGCAGCGGCUGGGGCAACAAACACCAGGCUAGUCGAUCUAAGCCCCGAUUAUCUUGUUUUUGGAAUGGGUGUGCAUGCCUGUCCCGGCCGGUGGAUGGCAAGUGCCCUGAUGAAGCUGGUCAUUGCCGAGUUAUUGAUUCGCUUUGACAUUCUUUCCGGAGCGGAGGGAUCCUCGCAGGGCCCAUUGAUCGGAUCCCUCUCUUUCGAAGAGUUCUAUGUGCCCAACUUCGGACUGAAACGGACCCUACUCCCUCCAAGGACAAAUAGCAGCUCCCCUCGAACCCGCACAUAUCAACUCCUCAAUCCGAGCGCCGUGGCGGCUGAGACGUGCAUGAAAGCGCCCCGCAACCCGGAAACCGAAGACGAGCCUGCGAGCCAUCCAGAGAGCGGAGAUGACAGAUCAAGUAAUCUCACGCGCAUUGAGUUCGACUUCGCUGCGCCCCCGCAACCAUUUCUCGAUCCUCCUGCCUGGGAGGCGAUGCUGAAGCGGUCACGGACAAAGAGCUCGUCUGGUGAGGAGAACCGUGCCGGGGGCGCGGGAGAGGGAAGGGCGAGUGGGGGCUCUGAGACACCUCAAGACCAAAGGGAGGAGCUGGAGUUCUCUAUCUCUCUUGCAGGGUAG